AUGUUUUCCGAUACAGUAUCCGAUGCUUCCUAUGUAAGUACUCGAGCUCCAAGUCCACAUUCACGCUCUGCAGAUGAGGAGGCAAUCUUGGAAUGUAUCGAAGCCAUCGAAGCCAUCAAAGAAGCUAAUAAUAAAAAAAAAGAAUGGUGGAUUGAUGGAAAUUAUAAGGCUAUCGAUGAGGAAAGAUUGCCUCUGCGUCUCAUGAAAAAUGUAACGUACCGUGAAUAUGAAAAAGUGAAAUUGCAAAUGCAGGCAGAUGUUGGGAGUUUGUUGAUGGCGUUGUCAUCAUAUAUGAGUUGCCAAAAUAUGAUCAUUGAGAUUGUACGUUUUCUCGGCAAUUUCUAUCUGCCUUCAAUAAUCUACAAUUCCAAGAUGAUAUUGCGGGUGCUGGAGCGACAAGGUAAUCCCUGGCCAACCGUAGUCUGUGAGGAUGCCCGAUCACAUAUACUCCAAAAAACCAAUUCGUUCUGGUUAGCCCCAAACCGGUCAGAAGAUGUAAUAAUACUCAAACUAUGGGAAUGGAAUCCGAGGAGAGAUACAAAUGGGCGCCCAUUGCGUCGCUUAACAUGUUAUAAGUUUUGUCGUUGUGCAAGCCUUCAAGCAGGUCAAGCACAAGGGAGGUUCCAGCCAGUCCAAACGUACGAAUUUGGGACCAUUGAUAGAUAUCAAAGACCUUAUAAUGGUUGCUCAGCCCAAGGAAUGCUUACAGUGACAAUUGCGCCAGAAUGUGUUUAUGAAGGUUGUACUCCACCAUAUCCGCCGUAUCCGCUUGCAGGGAAUCAUUAUAAUAAGUAG